ACUUACUAAAUGUGAGGGGACAAGUAGGGCUAUUCAUUAUUUCUUCACUUGUCGGCACAGCAUUUAUUUAUAGCUUCCAUUCUCAUCAGAGUCAUUGUCUCUCUCUCUCUCUCUCUAGACUCUGUUCUCUCUCUCUCUCUCUAAAUUGGAGAAAAUAUCAAUCUAUCAAUGGGUUCGGCUGUGGAGCAAAUGGGUACAGUGAUGGAGUCUACAGGGGUUGAGAGUGCAAGUGGGGAACAAGAAAUGUUGGAAAGCAAUGAGAUUGAGCUCACCAAAAUCGGAAUCAUGAGAGCCUUUAUCCAAACUCAAAAUCCCUCUGCAAAGGAAGUAGAUGAUUUGAUGAUCAGGAGAUUUCUGCGAGCUCGUGAUCUAGAUGUUGAAAAGGCUUCCAGCCUUCUUCUAAAGUACCUAAGCUGGAGGCGAGCAUUUGUUCCUAACGGCUCCAUUUCUGCGUCACAGAUUUCAAAUCAACUUGCAGAUAAAAAGAUUUUUAUGCAAGGAGUGGAUAAGAUGGAACGACCCAUAGUAGUUGCCUUUGGUUCCAAACAUAAACCUACCAAAGGGAACCUAGAGGAAAUUAAGCGUUUUGCGGUUUAUGCUCUUGACAAAAUUUGUGCAAGAAUGCCGAGAGGACAGGAAAAGUUUAUCGGUGUUGUAGAGCUUGAAGGAUGGGGAUAUUCUAAUAGUGACAUUCGCGGAUAUCUUGCAGCUCUAUCCAUCUUGCAGGAUUGUUACCCAGAGAGGCUAGGCAAGAUAUUUAUAGUCCACGCGCCUUACAUGUUUAUGACUGCAUGGAAAGCUGUUUACCCUUUCAUCGACAACAAAACCAGAAAGAAGAUAAAUUUUGUUGAGAACAAAAAACUGAGACCGACGUUGCUUGGCGACAUUGAUGAGAGCCAACUUCCAGAUAUAUAUGGAGGCAAACUACCAUUAGUUCCAAUCCAGGACUGUUGAUAACUUUUGUGCUAUACUACUGCUAGCUUAGAUUUGAUAGUUAGAUAUCACAUUCAUGUAUCAAAGCAGGCAUUGUUCUACCAUCUGCCUCCAGGAUGUUUACCAUUACUGAACACGCCACCAUUUAUUCUUCUUAAUCACACGUUGUGUGAAAAUGCAUCUGAUUGAACCACAUUAGCGUUUAGAAUGCAGCAC